AUGGGACGCCAGGUCGCCAAAGGGAAGGAUCAAGGAGUCAAGAAGCAACCGGGCCGAUGGCAAAAGCCCGCCAAUACGACUCUAAAGCACGGCCUCAGCAUUGUACUGCCUCGGUUUUGCAUCAUUUUUUUGUGGAGCCAGCCUGACGAAUUUAUACCAGCCAAAUUUUUCCUGGGGGCAGGAGUUGGGAGCUUAUUUGCUUUGGGGGUCUCUUACCUCCUGAUUUUCCCGAUGACCAUCACCGAAGACCACAAGGUUGAGCUGAUGAGCAGCAUGGCAGGUGUGGCCGCCCUGGGCUGGGGCACGUCCCCGCACUUCCGUUGUGCCAGCCUCCUGGUGAUACCCAAAUUCCUGGGCAAAGAAGGGCGGAUUUACAUCCUCACUUAUGUGUUGGCAGCGAUCUAUGAUGGCCCCGUAGCGAACAUCCGGCACAAUCUCGGCGAAGUCGUCCGUUCCAUCAGCUGCACCGUGGAGCUGCAGAUUGAGAAUGCCAAGCGCUCUUGGAAGGUGUCGUUGGCCCCGUUGCGCAAGAUCCUCUCGGACAUGGUGAAGAGCGGAGAGACCCUGAGAUCCGAAACCCGAGAGGUCUCCCAAUCCUUCUCGGAGCUGAACAAGCAGGUGGCCAGCCAGGAGGGCUACGACGAGCGCUUGGUGAGGAAAGCCAUCCGGAAAGCCAACCCUUCCACGCAGGAGGUGUACGAGGCAAAGACGCGGAUGCGCUGCACGUACAUAAUCGACAAAGCCAUCACGCGCUGCCGUAACUGGUUCAACACCAAGCACCAAUCCUGCAUGAGCACCAUCUCAGUGCCCCUCAUCAACCACCUGCUCUGCGUUCCCAUGAAAUUCACCUUCCUCUGCCAUUUUGCCAAGCUCAUGAAUGCCUGGUGCCGUGACAAGAUCCCCGUGGAAGGGAAUUUCGGCCAGACCUAUGACCGGGUCAAUGGUUCGGUGGAAAGCUUAAACGAGGACUUCACCACCAGCUUAGUGGUCAAGGAAGAGCAUCAGUCUAUGCUAGUGGGGGCCGACAUCUCUUCCCACAAACACCUGGUGGACGACGUCAACGAAGAGCUGGCUGAGCAUGGCAGAAGCUUGGGUACUGCCAUGUCCAUCUUUCGGGUCCUGCUCUCAUCCAUGUUCAUCCUCGUUUUUGCCUCGGCUUUCUCCUAUACCAACCGUUACAACCAAGACAUCCGCUUUGACAAUCUUUAUAUAUCCCGCUAUUUCCGCCAGAUAGAUGCCCGGCGUCGGAAACAGAAGAAACGUACGCUUCUGCCCUUGCGGCGUGCCGAGCAAAGCAGCGUCAUUGAUCCUUCGCGUCUGGCUUUCCAGCCGGCUGAGACCAAGAACGUGAUGAUGGAGUUGCUGGGCUGCAUGCCAGCCUUGAUCUUCCUGCUGAUUGCUUGUGCCCUUGAUUUUCUGCUGUACACCAUAUUCAGUACCAUCAGGCACCACUCCUUCGUGGAGUACUCUUUCCGCAGCAGCCACCACUUGGAAGUCAAGGUCGGCGGGAAAACGAUGAUGGCACGGCUUCUCCGGAGCACCAUUGGAGCCCUGAACACCUCCUCUGAGAUGAUGAUGGAGACGACCAAUGUGCAGUGUUUGCCGGACGCACGAGGAAUGAACAAUGAGCAGUACCUGAACUGCGCCAUUCCCCUGGGUGCCUUGGUGUUCCUGUGUUUCGCGCAAGUGUACGUCUUCCGUCUCCGUCGCAUCAUCGCUGCUUUCUAUUUCCCCAAGCGGGAGAAGAAGCGCAUUCUCUUUCUCUAUAAUGAGAUGCUGCGGCAGCGCGUGGCUUUCAUCACGGUGCAGCGGAAACGCAUCAUCCUGCGGGCCCGGCGGCACAAAAGAUUGGAGAAGCCCUUCCUGGACCGACUGGGCCGCUGGUUCCCGUCCCUGCAGCGCUUUCUCCGACGGCGCUGCAUUCUCUGCAACUUGCCAGAAUCCCACAACUCCCGCCUGUGCCCGAACCCAGACUGCGGCACCCUGUACUGCCGGCUGUGCUGGCAGGAUAUGGGCCGGGUCUGUUAUGUGUGCCGCUCCGAUGAGGUGCUCUCUGAUGACGACAGCAGCGAUGGGCAGGCGGACUACGCCGAUUGAGGCAGGAUGCGUGCGCUGGGAUAGGAGUGGGGGUAUGCCGUGGGGUUUUAUUUUCCUGUUA